GCAGCCAUUGCAGAGAUGAAGAAGCCACCACCACCACCACGUUUACACAAACAAGAACCGUCGUAUCAGUCACCUCCACGACCACCACCGCUGCUACAUCAAGAUGAACCGUCGCUGACGCAACCUCCAUCACCACAACCGCCGUUACACCAACAAGAACCGUCUCCGGGAUCCACUUCUCUGCCGUCGAUAUCGCCGCCGGAGUUAUCCAAUCCACAAGACUUGCAAUCACAGCCUCCGACGUCGUCCAUCCCCCACUGUGACGGUGGUCCUCUGAAACGUCCUCGUUUUGACUUGGGUAUCCCUCAUUCAGUAAAUGAUUCCAGAACUAUUGGUUAUGACAUCUACCAGCGGAGUGUGCAAGCGCCGUCUUUGCCAUCUGAAGAACUUGGUAGAUUCAAUGGUCUUGGUGGCAUGGGAAGACCAGGAGGUGACGGUCUGUACAUAGGUGGUGGAGCUUUUCCUUCAGAUUCUGGGCCGAAUGGUACUCGAGAUAUUGGUUCUGGUCAACAAGAUUUAGGUGGUAGGCCUAGCCGGGAGCUGCUUCCUCCACCUCCCGAUGCAUCCAGCACUCUAUUCGUUGAAGGUCUUCCUUCUGAUUGCUCAAUGAGGGAAGUAGCUCAUAUAUUUCGGCCUUUUUCCGGAUAUAGAGAAGUGAGACUUGUGACCACAGACUCAGAGCAAAGGGAUGGAGAUCCUGUUGUUCUUUGUUUUGUUGAUUUUGAAAAUCCCGCAAGUGCAGCAACUGCUCGGAACGCCCUGCAAGGGUAUCGAAUGGAUGAAGAGGAACCUGAUUCCGAGAGUUUGCAGAUCCAGUUUUCCAGAAACACAGGUCCAAGACCAGGGCAACGUGGAGGAAGGAGGUGACGAGUCGAGACACAUUGGGCAUAGCAAACCAAAAUUGUAACUUGUUGUUUUCUCUAGAACCUAAUACACACUUUGAUCACGUAUUCAGCUUCUUAGUAGUACUCUCACUCAAAGCUAUAGAGAUGUAUGGAUAGACACAAGAGUCUAGGAGUUUAGUUGAUUGGAAUCUAAACUUUCUCUCACUCCUCUGUUUCCUUUUUCAAUCUUCUUGAUAAAUGUUGUGCAUAUAAAUAAGAGUUACAA